UAUCAAUUGGAAAGGGGAGUUCUCAGCUCCAGCUCACAGCAGCCUCCCCCUUCUGAGAUUUUGAUAUGCCUAAAUUCAGAGGAUCCUAAACAGAUGAUUGUCAGUGUGGAUUAUCUCCCCUAGCAGACUGCUACGAGAAAUAGAGGAGAACGAGAUAGAGUGUGAGUGUGUAUGUAUGAGCUGCUGAAGAUACAGGGAAAGAGCAGAGCAAGUGAGAGAGGGAGACUCGAGCGGAGGGGUGCGAGAGUAGCAACUUCAUUGUGUUUAGGCAGAACUGCGCGAGAAGCAGGACGGAGCGCAGCUCAGCAUCAGUACCGACCGGAAAAAGAGAGAAUAGCCUUCUGGAUACUACUGUGAACAAACAGACGGUGAGAUGUACUUCAUUCAAAAACCGUCAGUUGCACCAACUUGAGAGGGAAGAGGAAUACAUUGAUCGAACAGAGGAUACAUAUACGCUGUCAUACUGAAAAAGUUCUUAACUAUGGAAAAUAAUUCCUAAAUGACUGUUUGCAAAGUUUUCGGACAAAACCAGUGCUUUGAGAAGCAUAUUGAUUUACCCAAGCAGUGGUAUUGCUUUGCACCGCGGUGGAGAAUAACCAGCAAGCGGCAGCCCUCACCCCAGUCGCAUUGACGGAACAAUAGAUUCCCGUCCUACACUUUCGGGGAAAACACAGCCGAACCGGCGACAGAAGACAAGAUAAAAUGUUGCCGUUUUACCUCGUCCUUUGCCUUAUGGGAACAGCUACCCGAGCAGCCUACUUUUCCCAGCAGCCCCAAGACCAGGUAGUGGUGUCUGGUCAAUCGGUGACUCUGCCCUGUGUCAUCGUGGGAUACCGAGGAAUGGUGCAGUGGACCAAAGACGGCCUGGCACUGGGUGGAGAGAGAGAUCUGCCAGGGUGGACACGCUACUCCUUAAUGGGCGACCCGCUAUCAGGCGAGCACAGCUUGAUGAUCGACUCGGCAGAGCUGGCGGAUGACGCCGUGUACGAGUGUCAGGCUACGCAGGCCGGACUGCGCUCCCACCGAGCCAAGCUCACUGUUCUAGUUCCCCCCACAGACCCGGUGGUGGAGGGGGGUCCUAUCAUACGUGUGAAGGCCCACACACCCUACAACCUCACCUGCCGCGCCUCGGGGGCCAAGCCUGCCGCCGAGAUCACCUGGUACAGAGACGGAGAGGUCAUGGACACGGCCAUAUACUCUAAGACGCGGAUGGAGGAUGGGAAGAGGGAACUGGCUGUCAGUAUGCUUCCUGUGGUGCCGGAGGACAAGGACUCUGGCCGUACCUACACCUGCCGCGUCCUCAACCCUGCCGCCCCCGCCGGACUCCAGACCUCCGUCACCAUCAACGUCCAGCACCCUCCAUCAGUGACCCUGUCCGUCCAGCCCCAGACUGUCAUGGAGGGAGCCAAGGUUCUGUUCAUCUGCUCUGCCUCUGCCAACCCUGAGAUCACAGGAUACAGGUGGUCCAGGUGGUCCAAGGGAGGAGUCCCCAUCUCGGAGGCGAACGGGGACAGCCUGGAGGUGACGGUAGACCACUCGUACUUCACAGACCCUGUCUCAUGUGAGGUGUCCAACUCAGUGGGCAGCACCAAUGUCAGCACCCUGGUGGAUGUACAAUUUGGUCCCAGGCUGCUGUCGGAGCCCAAGCCCAUGAACGUGGACAUUGGGAUGGACGCUGCCUUCACCUGCACCUGGACAGGCAACCCUCCCCUUACCCUGGCCUGGACAAAACAGGGCUCAAGCGUGGUGCUCAGUAAUGGCAACACCCUGCAGCUGAAGGCUGUCACCCAGGAGGAUGCUGGGACGUAUACCUGCAAGGCCAUCGUCCCCCGCAUCGGUGUGGCUGAGAGGGACGUCACGCUCACUGUCAACGGCCCACCUAUCAUUACAGCGGACGCCACACAGCACGCUGUCAAGCACUCCAAGGGCAAGCUAGAGUGCCUGGUGGGAAACAGCCCCCCGCCUGACAAGAUUGUGUGGACAUUUGGAGAUGUGACCCUCUCCUCGGGUUCCACCGGUCGUUUCUCUGUCCAGACGGUGACCAGCGACCACGGGGUCCUGUCCUCCCUGGUCCUGUCUGAGACCCUGGCCCAGGACUUCCAGCUCCGCUACAACUGCACCGCAUGGAACCGCUUCGGCACAGGCACCGCGCUGGUCACCCUCAAGGAGCAAGAGGCCCUGCCCAUGCUGAUCAUCAUUGGGGCGGCGGUGGGCGGAGGGUGUGUCCUGCUCAUCUGUGUCGUCACCCUGGUCUCUCUCUGCUGCAGGCACACCGGGAAAGGUGAGGUCGAAGGUAAAAAGUGCACACGCCUCUCAAAGAGUGACAUCAGAGUUCAGAUUGUGCACAGUGACCACAACGCUACCCGUGGCAACGAUGAUGAGGAGGAUGUCAAGGAGCCCAUGGUAAAUGCCUCCGUUCAAUCACUUUCAGGCCUGUUGUUUCCCCCUCAGGCCCCCAACAGCAGUGAGUCUCCUGGGACGUCCCGGACGGAACACAGUGACCUGCUGGAGGAGGAUGAGGACGAGAGGUCCGACAUCAAGGUAAAAACCGACCCCACUAACGGCUACUACAACGUGCAUGCUCACGAGGACCGGGUGAUCCGCAGUGGUUUCUCAGAUUACGUGCCCAACCCCCGUCCUGUCUACACGCCAUCCCAGCUGCCCUCCCCCAGCCCGCUGUUCGGCCAGCACACAGUGGUGGCAGCCACACAGCCCCGCAUCUACGACUUCUCCCACCGCUACGCCACCACCACAGGGGCCCGCUCCACCUAUGAGCAGCAGCAGGCAGCGGCAGCCCAGCCCGGAGCCAUCUACCCCACCGACCCCGUCUAUAGCGGCUCUGCCUACCUGCCCACCGCCGCCACAUACGGACGAGCCUUCACCAGCUACGUCAAGCCCGCCUCCUACGAGAAGGUGGACGCAUACGAUCAAUCGGACCAGGCCAGCAAGGUGUCUAGCUCCUCCCGUUUCUCAUAUGCAUCAUCACAGGUCUCCUCCCAGCAGUCCGACUACGGACGGCCGUCACAACGCAUGCAGACUCACGUCUGAUUGGACAGCGGAACAGGGGGUGGAGCGCGGAGGGCCAUGUAAAGGGGAAGCAUUGGUCAUCUCUAUAGGAAGUGUGGCCAGACUAACAGGAGAGAGGACUGGAUGGCUGGUCCUUCUCCUGGACACGUUUUGGAAGGAGAUGUAGGUGACAGGGAUUGCCUUCCUUAUUUGUUAUUCAGUUGUCAUUCUGGGAUUGAAUGGUCCCAAUGGAGUCCCAAUGGAGUCAUUCCCCAUCAAUAAAUCAUCUACUACAGUGUCUGCUACUUCAGAGAUGAGCCUGCUAUUCUGUCAUGGCACUGGUUUUGUUUUACCAGUGAGGGGAUGGGAGGAAGGCAAACUGGAAAUCACCAGACAGGAGCAUCUCAUGACUUUGGGUGGCCUAAACUAACUGGAUUCUGGAGCCUAGCUAACAUUUCUCAAAAAGAACAGACUGCUCAGAUAAAUAGAACUUGUAACAGACUAUGAACAAAUAAAAAAUACAGAUAUCUUCAUUUAAAAAAAGAGUCAACACAUUGUAGUCAUUUGGUGUUUGUCAGCAUGUGAAAGGAGUUGUAAGCACAUUCGUGUCUCUCUAUCCAUUUAAAGAAGCCUGAGCUCCACAGUGGCAGCCAUAAACCGUUUGGCAUAACAAUAAGUUUGGCUUGGGUGUGGGUUAUUUGGGAGUGAAAGCAGAGUGAGGUAUGGAGAAAAUGUGUAUCCUGGCCUUUACCUAAUAGAUAGACAGCCUCUGCGUUAUUGUUCUACCCUGGAGGACAAUAAAAGGAAAUUGAAAAACCCAAAGAUGGUGAGCUACAGUAUAUAGCAGUGUAUUGAAAGAGUUAGGGAUAGAGAUGAAUUCCUCUGGGUACUGUAUUACUUCUGUGUUUGCCAGAUUGUUAAAUGGAGACUAUUUCCAGAACAAUCAAAGAAUGGGGUUUGUAAAAUGGUGGCAAUCUUGAACUUGAAUAAGCUCAAGGUGCAGUCUCAACAGACUAAGAUGGGUUCUACUUGUGAAACUGUCCCUCUUCAGACACCAUCCACACUCCAGUCUUUAUGACACAAUCAAGUAGCUUCAAUAUGUUUACAAAAACACAGUACUACCCUGAAAUACUGACUAGAUCAACUGUUCAAAUGGGUGAAGAAGCCCCAUUCUUUCUCUGUUGCAUGCAGAUGAUGUGUCUAGUGAAACUCUUCAGCAUUUCUUUUCCAUGUCCAUUAUGCUUGUUUGAGAGACUGCUUACUGCACCUGGCUCAGUUGCAUUCCGGUUCUGGACACUACUGGAACCCUGUACUGCCAUUUUGGGUCGCGAGCCGCGCUACUGGUCAGUCGGCCCAAUUGGAGAACAAAUGUCACUAAGUGAACCAAGUGAUUUAAAACAAAAAUCAUCGCUCGUCUUUAUUUUUAUAUUUUAUAUAAGCCUUAAUGUACAGCUUGUAAGCUGCUUUACUGUAAAGUAUCUUUAUAUUAUAUAUACAUAAAUCUAUAUCUUGAUUGAUUUUAUUUGGGUCCACAAUUUUUCUCUUUCUGUUCCGUUGUUCAUCAAUCACUGAAUGCAGAAAGAUGAACAAUGCUUUUUGGGAACACAACUAAUUGCCAUUUGUUGGUUUGGUUCAUUUAGUUUUUUUAAUAAUGUAUUAAGGAUUUUAUUUGCUAAAAAUGAGCUAUUGUUGCUUGUAACUUUGUAUACAUAUUUAUAUUUAAAUAAAACCAUUUCAGAUAAA